AUGCAAGGAUCAACAAGUGAUUUCCAAUCAUCUACAACAACAACAACAACUAAUGAAUCAUCAAUAUUAUCAUCACCUAAAAGAACUAGAAAGAUUUAUAAAAGAAAUCAACAAUAUCAACAACAAUAUGAACAAUCAAUGAAUAAUGAACAACAAAUUCAUUUAUUAAGAAUUCAAUCACUUUCAAUGGCAGAUGAUGAAAGUGAUAAUGAUGAUAUUGUCAUUCCACCACCACUUACUAUUCAUGAUUCUCCAAUUCCAUCUUCAUUAUCUUAUCAAAUAAGACUAUUCAAUCCACAACCACCAAUACUUAUAAUAAUAAUACAGGUACAGGUACAACUUGUACAAUUACAUCUAACAAUUUAA